AUGGCAAUUUCUUCUAAAUCUAUUGUUAUUCUUCUCAUUCUCAUUCUCGUCUCUUUUCCAUCAAAAACUACAAGUCAAUCACAAAAUAAAAAUGAAACUACUAAAAUGAAAUGUGGUUCAGAUACUGGUCAUGGAUGUAGAAACAAGAACGAGGCAUUAAAGUUGAAACUUGUUGCCAUUGCUUCAAUUCUUGUGACUAGCAUGAUUGGUGUUUGUUUACCCCUUUUUUCUCGUACAAUCCCUGCAUUACAACCCGAUACGAAUUUAUUCGUGUUGGUCAAGGCAUUUGCUUCCGGAGUUAUACUAGCCACUGGAUACAUGCACGUUUUGCCCGACUCGUUCGAUUGCCUUAGGUCAGACUGCUUGCAGGAGAACCCUUGGAGGAAAUUCCCCUUUACGACAUUUGUUGCUAUGCUUUCGGCUAUUUUAACUCUAAGCGUAGAUUCAUAUGCGAUGAGUUACUUUAAGAAGUACAAAUUGGAAAGUGCAGAGGGAAAUGGAGGGAGAGAUUAUGUUCAUAAUAAUGUGAAAAUGGAGUCACAAAAUUUUGAUAAUAGCCAAGUUCAUGGAGAAGCCAAAUGUGAUGAUAAAGCUUCUCAAUUGCUUAGGUAUCGGGUUGUGGCUCAGGUUUUGGAGCUUGGAAUUAUUGUGCACUCCGUAGUGAUAGGGCUAUCCAUGGGAGCAUCCGAUAAUCCAUGUACAAUUAGGCCACUUGUAGCUGCUAUUUGCUUCCAUCAACUUUUUGAAGGAAUGGGCCUAGGAGGUUGCAUCCUCCAGGUGGAAUAUGGUAUGAAGAUGAAAGCAAUCCUGGUGUUCUUUUUCUCAUUAACAACACCAUUUGGGAUAGCACUUGGAAUAGGUUUAUCAAAUGUGUACAGUGAGAAUAGUCCAACAGCACUCAUAGUGGUGGGAUUGCUAAAUGCAUUUUCAGCAGGUCUGUUGAAUUAUAUGGCAUUGGUGGAUCUCCUUGCAGCUGAUUUUAUGGGAACCAAAUUGCAGAAUAAUAUGAAGCUUCAAUCAUGGGCUUAUCUUGCUGUUUUAUUAGGGGCUGGUGGCAUGUCUGUCAUGGCUAUAUGGGCGUAAAUUCUUAAUCUUUUUCAGAAAAAAGGAAGGUGUUUUUGUUUAGGUUUUUUCGUUCUUAUUCUAAUUUUGUUUCCAUCAUCCGUAUGUAAUUAUGAGUAGUAAAAAAUAAUGUGCAG